AUGCUUGUCAACCUGCUGCUGGCUUCAGUGCCGGUUUUAGCCCAGUCUUCUUUACAAGCCGAGCUACUGCAAGCCGGAGAAAAGUCAGCCACAGAUGUGUUUUUCAUGGCUGCUACAAAUGUCGAGCCCUUGGAACAGGAGUGUACGCUCUCGUGCAACGAAAACUUUCAGCGUCUCGGGCAGGUCCGGAAGAAUUGCACCUGUACUGGAGAUCAGUGCGAGCUUACGCCUGACGUUCCAAGUGCAUGUGCAGAUAUCUCAGGCCUAGAAAUGAGUGAAAGCAUGAUUGACAAAAUCAACAUGGGCAGACGAGGAACACCUGGAUGCUUUCCAAUGGAGUUAGAGCACGGAACUUCGAACUGCAACGCCGAUCACCAAAAACGAUCUCUCUGCGAGCAUCAAUGUGACGAUGGAUUCACUCUGGUCGGCAGUAGCAGCCACAAGUGCACUUGCAAGCGGAAUGGCUGCAGCUGGCGGCCGUUUCCUUUUGAUACAGUCGGCGAUUCCGCGGCCCCUCUUUGCAAACCUGCCGAGUCUGUUAAUUUCUGCCCUGGGUUGACGCAAGAGCAGAUUCCUGAAGGUGUUACGGCGUCUUGUGCGGAGAAGGACAAGUACGGCAAGGGAACACGUUGCAAGAUCUCUUGCUCAGAUCCGGGCCAGGGUUUUGGAGGGAAGGUCUUCGAUAAGACGCGGUUUGGAAGCUGCGCGUGCCCAAAUCCGUCGCAAUGUGAUUGGACCAUGGAUCUUUCUCAAAGUUGCGAGGACAUCAACGAGUGCGACAAAGGAGAUGUGUGUGGAGAAAACGCACUUUGCGUCAAUAGAUCCCCCGGUUACGAGUGCGUGUGCAAGUGCGGCUUCACUAUGCUCGAUGGAACAUGCGUGCAUCAAUCGCGAGCGGAAGGUGAUGCCUGCCAACGUGGAUGGACGGGCGCGCGGUGCAACGAGCCCGAUACUUCAAAGCCAUUCCCAUGCUAUUACCGGCCAGCCUCGAUAUUCAGAUCGGCUUCAGGAUCGGCUAACUAA